CGCAUUUCUUGGUUUGGGGUUGCAACUGUCUAUCCCAAUUUGUUUCUUUUUUUCAAUAUGAAUACUGCAUUCGUUUCCAGUUCUUAUAUCUGAAGAAAUCCUGAAAAGUCCUCCAUACUAUCAUGGCUAGCGCCCGGUCGGCAAAAGAAGAAAGAAUCAGGUACAUACAGGGAGACCUUUUUACAUGUACUGGAACAGACUCCUUGGCUCACUGUAUCAGUGAGGAUUGUCAUAUGAGUGCUGGCAUAGCUGCCAUUUUUAAGAAGAAGUUUGGUGGUGUUCAGGAGCUCUUGAACCAGAAAAAGAAGACUGGGGAUGUGGCUGUUCUGAAGAGAAAGAAUCGAUAUGUGUACUAUCUGAUUACAAAGAACAAAUACUUUCAUAAGCCUACCUAUGACAAUCUACAGAAGAUCUUGGAAGCGAUGAAAAUCCAUUGCCUUAAUAAUGCUGUAACUUGUAUUUCUAUACCGAAGAUUGGGUGUGGACUUGACCGCCUGAAUUGGAGUAAAGUUUCAACAAUGCUUGAUGAAGUAUUUGAGGAUACAGACGUUAGCAUUACAGUUUAUACCCUUUAA